AAACAAUAUAUCAUUUGAUACGAUAAGAGACCAAAUAAAUCAUUUGUUGUUUGAUGUCAUUCAUCGAUAUAUCUUUCGUGUCUUUCAAACCAUCGACUACUCUGUCAAACGUUAAUCAAGUCUUUAGUAAACCAGUUGUUGAUAUAACUGCUGAAACAAAGACACUCAAAGAGUUAUGUCGUGUGAAACAAUGUUUUUGAUUUUGAUAGUAUUGUUGAUAACAAAGACGGACACUUUGAUGGCCAAUUCAAACGAUAGUAAUGAUAGUCACCAAUUGAUCCCUUUGGUGAUCAAUACGUGGAACUUCAUGAAUGGCACACAAAAUGCAUGGCUUACACUGCAAAAGGGCGGAUCAGCUGUCGAUGCCAUCGAAAAUGGUUGUUCAACCUGUGAAAGGGAACAGUGCGACCAUACAGUUGGAUGGGGCGGUAGUCCAGAUGAAAAUGGAGAGACCACUUUGGAUGCUAUGAUUAUGGAUGGACCAACCCAUAAAGUGGGAGCCGUUGCGGGUCUCAGGAGAGUUAAAGAUGUUAUAUCAGUUGCUCGAAAAGUUUUAGAAAAUACUGAACAUAGUUUACUGGUCGGUGAUUUGGCCACUAAUUUUGCCGUUCAGAUGGGUUUCAAAGAACAAAACAUAUCGAGUGAUUGGUCUGAGAAGACAUAUCAACAAUGGAAACAAAACAAUUGUCAACCAAAUUAUUGGCGAAAUGUAGAGCCCGAUCCUAAAACGUCGUGCGGACCAUAUAAACCAGUCAAACGAGAAACACCACAAGUUGAUCAAAAUCUAGUUAGUUAUGAUAAUCACGACACCAUCGGAAUGGUAGUCAUCGAUAGCAACGGUAACUUAGCGGUUGGCACAUCAACUAAUGGACUCAGGCAUAAAAUUCCGGGUCGAGUUGGUGACAGUCCUAUACCUGGUUCAGGUGCUUAUGUGGAUCAAGAUUUUGGUGGUGCGGCCGCUACUGGAGAUGGAGAUAUCAUAAUGCUAUUUCUUCCCAGUUAUCAAGCGGUUGAAAAUUUAAGGAACGGUAUGAGUCCAAAGGCUGCGGCUAAUGAAGCCAUCGGCAGAAUCAUCAAAAAGUAUCCCAAAGCUCAGGCAGCUAUUGUGGUGGCCGACAAACACGGCACAUACGCCGCCGCCUGUAUUAAUAUUGACGGAGGCUUUCCAUAUUCAGUAAGUAAUCCAACCCUAGGAAAGGCUACCUUACAUCGGGUCGAUUGUCUUAAACUUUAAACCAUUU